CUUGUCUGCUCUUCUUUCCCGUCCCCCUGCAGCCGAACAAAAGAAGCCUAGCCCCGACGCCUAGCCCCGACGCCUAGCCCCGACGCCUCUUCCUCUUGAGAAACCGGUGAAGCUUGAUGAUUUUUGCCUUCUUUUCUUGUUCAAGAACAAGAUUUGAGCUUAGAAACCUUCUCCCCUACUGGAAUUUCCAGAUCUGCUCUGCUCCUUCCUUCCUCACCGCCGGCUGCUCUUGAUUGUGGGUGAUUUCUGGGCAUUUUUUCGUUCCUGUGAGUCCCCUGCAGAUUUGCCGCCGGCCUCUUCCCCCUGUCAUGUUCGGUUCUGCAGCUGGAAAAUUAUGGUAGGUUCUUGAUCGUUCUGUCAGUUUAGCACUGAGAUCGAGUCUUUGGUUUUAUGCGAGUGAGGUAAGUAAAUUUAUGGUAAUGUCCGUAUAGUUUUUAAAAAACAUGUUUUGACUUGUUUUUGAAGUGGUGGUGAGACUAAACCCGUUUUAUGCAAAAGUAAGUAUGACUGAUUUGAAAUGAAAUUUUUAUGCUUUGUAGUAAAUUGAGCAUGCCUACUUGAAAUUUAAUUGAUUGUCCUGAUGAUUUGAAAGUGAUUGUGGAGAAAUUUGAUAGUAAUUAGACCAUGAUUUAGCUUAAUUCAUGUAGAAAAUUAGUUUAUUUUGGCUGCUGUGAUUUUUGGAGAAAAUCCCAUGAGAUUAGCUAUGGUUUUGCCAAUUUUUGGAAGUUGUAGUUACUGUUCAUUACGUAAUUACUGUUCAUGGGUACUGUUCACGCACUAAUGGCCAACAAUAGGAGGGUUUAAAUGUGUAGUUAUAUUGAGAACAAAUUUGGAGAUGUCCAGUUAUAUGGAGACUAAUAGAAAUAGUAUCGUGAUUAGGGGUGAUCAUAAUGAAGUUUUCACUUUGAAUUUGUGAUACUAUGGUAUUAAUUCUGGGGUAUUUUGAUUAGGUUCUUAAGUGUUUUGUCACCCGAGUACUUGGCUUGAGUUCCGGAUUUGAGGUAAGUAAAUUAUGGUAAUGCCCUUUGAUUUUAAAGCACAUUUUAGCUUGUUUUUGAAGUGGUGGUGGGACUAAACUCGUUUUACACAAGUAUGAUUGAUUUAAAAUGAAAUUAUUAUUCUUUUUAUUGAUUUGAGCAUGCCUUCUUGGAAUUUACUUAACUGUCCUGAUGAUCUGUAAAUUUUUUAUGAAUUAUAAUUUUCCUAUUAACUUUUGCCUGUUUUGUCUCCGAUAUGGUCAUGUUAUUCGUGUGCCCGCUAGUGGGAGGUUUAUAAACGCUAGCACAUGUCGACAUGUUACUGAUAGAACCGGUUCGUUUCUGUUAUCCUGCUAGUGGGAUUAUAAACUAGUAAAUCGUGUGCCUGUCAGUGGGAGGUUUAUAACACUGGCCAUGACCUAUAGAGGAGACGUCUAUUUCAUUUUCGUACUCGUACAUGUGUUUUGUGAUUAUACUGGUUGGCAUGCAAUAAGUUUAAUUAAGGGUAAUCCAUAUUUUAUUUACUGAGUUAUCUCAUAGUUUUUUCUUGUCCACCAUUUUAGGAAGCAAAGUCAAGGACGGGGAAAAACAAAGGGAGUGACGAGUUAAAAGGCUAGCUAUUGUAAUUGGAUAUGAAAUUUUAGAUAUAAAUCAUGAUCUUGCAAGCUAGACGUUAUUCGGAGAUUUUAUGAUAUCAGAGCAAAUUUUAUAACUUUAUCUUUAGAUUCUGGUGGUAUCAGAUUGUGGUAUGAUAAGUUCCGAGCUUUGUGCAUUUGUGGGACUCUCUCACGAGUGCAAGGCGUCUGCCAUGUCUCCGAAUUUGGGUUCUGAGGUGUGACAAUUGUGUGACAAGGUUUAUGUGGAAAUGGUAAACUAUAUAUAGAUGAAAAGAGAUUCAGCUUUUUUUGUUUUAUAUGUCAACAAAUUAACUUUACAAAA